GGGGCGCGUCACGCGCGGCGGGGGAGGGGCGGCGCGCGCAGCCAUGGCCGUGCUGGGCUACUGGGACAUCCGCGGGCUGGCCCAUGCCAUCCGCCUGCUCCUGGAGUACACCGAGACCCCCUACGAGGAGAAGCUCUACAGCUGUGGGGAUGCUCCUGACUAUGACAAGAGCCAGUGGAUCAAAGAGAAGGAGAAGCUGGGGCUGGACUUCCCCAAUCUGCCUUAUCUCAUCGAUGGCCCCAUCAAGCUGACGCAGAGCAACGCCAUCCUGCGCUACAUCGCCCGCAAGCACAAGAUGUGUGGUGAGACAGAGGAGGAGCUGUUACGUGUGGACAUGCUGGAGAACCAGAUCAUGGAUUUCCGCAUGAGCCUCGUGAUGGUUUGUUACAACCCCGACUUUGAGAAGCUCAAGCCGGGUUACCUGGAGCAGCUCCCGGGGAAGCUGAAGCUCUUCUCCAACUUUUUGGGGGACAGAAAGUGGUUUGUGGGGGAGAAGCUCACCUUUGUGGACUUCCUCAUGUUUGAUGUGUUGGACCAGAACCUCAUCUUUGAGCCCAAGUGCCUGGAGCCCUUCAAGAACCUCAAGGACUUCAUGGAUCGUUUUGGGGCCCUGGAGAAGGUGGCUGCCUACAUGAAGUCCAGUCGCUUCCUCAAGAUGCCCAUCAACAACAAGAUGGCCAAGUGGGGCAACAAGAAGGAGUAGGGGGCACCCCAGUGGGGGAGGGGGCACACAGCCUCCCCUGACCCCCCCAGCACCCUCCACUGCGGGGUGGAUGAAUCCCCCUCCCAAAUAAAGCGCUUGAGAUGUGGCA